AUUAAAAUGAUCAAAAAUCCCAAUAUAGGCAGAGUCAUUUUACAUGUAACGUAACCAAACCAAUAUUUAUCCAUGGCUACAACUUCUCUACUACCCAAAUCCAUUCCACCAUUUCUCACAAACCCGACGUCAAUUCCCUCGUCUAGGUCAGCUAACGUUUCGUUUCUAACCAACGCACCAGACCGUCAACCACAUUACCUUGCAAUCACAUCUUUUCGACCCAAUGCCAAAAAGAAAAAUGGGUGGCUUGACCCAUUUGAUACAGGUGACGACCCAGACAUGGAAUAUGGGUCACAGUAUUCUGAAGGGAAGCAAUCCGAGGACCCAAGGCCACCCGAAAAUCCAGAUAACCCAUACGGGUUUCUCAAGUUUCCACCUGGGUUCAUGCCAGAAGUUGCAUCAUUGGGGUUGAAAAUUAGAGGGGAUGUUAGGAGAUGUUGUUGUGUGGUUACUGGUGGGGUUUAUGAAAACCUGCUGUUUUUCCCGACUAUUCAACUGAUUAAGGAUCGGUAUCCUGGUGUUCAGGUGGAUAUACUUGCCUCGGCUAGAGGGAAGCAAGCGUAUGAAAUGAACAAAAACGUCAGAUGGGCUGAUGUUUUUGAUCCUGAUGAUGAUUUCCCCGAGCCUGCAGAUUACCUUGACUUACUCGGACUAAUCAAGAAUAGGUACUACGAUCUGAUGCUAUCAACCAAACUGGCUGGUCUAGGACAUGCAUCAUUUUUAUUCAUGUCAACAGCUACAGAGAGAGCGAGUUACAUAUACCCGAAUGUCAAUUCAGCAGGAGCAGGAUUACUUCUAUCAGAAACAUUUACACCAGACCGGUUGAACCUGUCUGAGGGUGGAUACAACAUGUAUCAUCAAAUGACCGACUGGCUAGCAAGACCAGGUAGGGGUGUGCCGAGGCAAGUGAUUCCACCCCUUAAAGUAUUGAUAUCUGGGAAGAUAAAGGAUCUAGUAGCCACAAAAUACAAGACUGCUGGUGUUGAGAAGGGGAAAUAUAUCGUGAUACACGGCAUAGAAUCGGAUUCAAAAGCUUCUAUGCAAUCCAGGGGGGAUACUGAUAGCUUACUACCUCUUCAUAUAUGGGCAAAAAUAACAAAUUCAAUAAGGGGAGUCAAGCCACUUUAUGUGAUUCCUCACGAGAAGGAAAGAGAGAAUGUGGAGGAAAUCAUAGGAGAGGAUACCAAUAUGGUAUUCAUUACCACACCCGCGCAGUUGGCCGCUCUAAUUAAUGACUCUGUUGGUGUUAUAUCCACAAACACAGCAGCCAUACUACUAGCACAUGCACGCAAUAAACCUUGUGUGGCAUUGUUCGGCUCUGAAGAGAAAGCAAAAGUGUUUCUUCCAAACUUAGAAGACAGUAAAUGCAUCGUUGCUUCAUCAAAGACUGGGAAGUUAGUAGAUAUCGACACUGAUGCUGUCAAAAAUGCAGUCCAGAUAUUUGAGAUGCCACUGGCCAUCGCUUAGAAUGAGCUGUACAUUUUGUUUCUAAUAAUAUUUCUAUAAUUCAACUGUAUAUUUGACAUCCAGAUUAUUAGAAUCGCAUGAUGCUGUUGCAUACACAUUAGUUUCAAGAUCUGUAAAUGGCUCAAUUUAGCCAGCAAAUAUUCAUUCUUAAACUUAAAUGAAACAGAAACAAAUUUUAACUUCA